UUCACUUAAAUGCAGCUGCAGCACUUUUGUGCGAUACCUGUCAGAAACAUUCCCAGUGCGAGGUUGGGUUUGUGUCCAUGAUGUCAAGAUUGGUCUUUCUCCUUUUCUGUGGAUAUAUUGCACUAAACCUGGGAAAUGCUCAGAAAUUGCCAAGAGCGAAAAGACAGAGUCUGAAAGUUCAGAUCAAUGCAACAGAUGACACUGUUUGCAUGAGGUAUCUUCGACCAAGUCAAAACACCAAACUAGAAGGUUUUGUCCUGGGUUAUGGGAGCAGCUUCUUCUCUAAUCAGUACAUUCCUUUACCUUCAGAAGGAAAAACCUCCAUAACAGAACUUGAUGCAGAGCCACGGUAUUUGGUUUCAGUAAGACCAGCACGCAUUUCAAAUAAUAAGAAAUCUUGUUCAGGUCGGACCAAGACUCAAAAGCCUCUGCAGCUGGUAGUUGGCACUCUCACCCCAACCUCUGUGUUCCUCUCUUGGGGCAUCCUAGUCAACCCUCAACAUGACUGGACAGCAACAAGUAACUGUGCUAGUGACAGGUUCUAUACAGUUCGCUACAGAGAAAAGGGUAAAGACAAGAAAUGGGUUUUUCAGCUUUGCCCAGUUACAGAGACGGUGGUGGACAAUCUGAAGCCAAACACACUUUAUGAGUUUGGAGUUAAAGACAAUGUGGAAGAUAGUAUUUGGAGCAAGACUUUCAAUCAUAAGACAGUUCUGUCUAAUAAAAAAGUAAAUGGACAACUCCAGAAUAUGUACAAGUUGGUACCUAAUUCCCAAACACAGCUUACACUGCGUGAUAAUAAGAAGUUGGUCCCUGUCACAAUAAUCAAACAAGUCAUUCAAAAUCGGACGCAGUCAAAAACUUCAGAUAGUUCUCUGCCAGGAGCAAUACUAGUGCACCUUAUUGUUCCAGGCCUCAAUGAAACUCAGCAGAAACUUCCUCCUCUCCUGACAAUAGAUGACAUACCUCAAGCAUCCAGGAAAAAACUGCCUAAGAAUGAAACUGGAGCAUGGCCUGCUGAAUCAAAAACAUCAGAAGUUCAAGAAAUCUCCCCACAGUCCCUCCCAGCUCAGGCUGAGAAAAAACAUGGACCUGAGGAAUUUAAAUCCACGCCUAAACCUGAUUUGAUGCAAAGUCAAAACAUACUGGCUUCUAAUGAAAUACAGCUUCUUCCUUCGGGAUCCAGAAUCUCUGGUGCUCCAAAAACUCCAUUGACACAACUUGCUACUCAGAGUCCAGCCUUGAAAUCCAUUACUCUACCUUCUGCAGAAACCAGAGAGAUGGAGAUGGCUUUUGAGGAAAUACAGCCUGUUUCUUCAGGAUCCAAAACAUCUGGUACCACAGAAGUACAACCAACCAGAUCUGCUUCACAUGACUUUCUUCAUGAUACUUCUACUCCCCACACUUUUACAGCUUCAGAAAUACCAGACACUGCCAGAGAUAUUACUGAGUUGGAAAUAUCCAUGCCUGUAAUUACUACAGAACCUCAGUUGUUAGAAACAGCACUGGAUAUAGGUGAAAGGAAGCCUCUUCCUUCAAGAUCCACAACAUCUGGCAUGCAAGAAAUGCCACCAAUCUCAGCUGCAAGGCAGAGACCAGACCUGGAAUCCACCAGAAUUGCUUCACCAGAAACCACAAGGACUGUGAUGGCUACUCGAAGACCAAGGCUGAAGUCCACCACUCCUUCCUCGCUGGCAACCCAGCAAACUGUGAUGGCCUCAUAUGACUUUCUCCAUGUUACUUCCACUCCCCGAACAUCUACGUCUCCAAAAAUGUCAGAGCACAAGACUGCUUCUGAUGAAACACAGACUAUUUCUUCAAGAUACACACUGUUUGCUAUUCCAGAAAUCCCAACAAAAACUGUUACUCGGAGACCAAAGCUGAAAACUACUUCUCCUUACCAUGCUAGCCGAGGAACAGUGAAGGCAAGGCAGAGACCAGACCUGGAAUCCACCAGAAUUGCUUCACCAGAAACCACAAGGACUGUGAUGGCUACUCGAAGACCAAGGCUGAAGUCCACCACUCCUUCCUCGCUGGCAACCCAGCAAACUGUGAUGGCUUCACUGGACUCUCUUUGUAUUACUUGCCUCUCCCAAACAUCUGCAUCUGCAGAAAUAUCGAAUAUAGAAACGGUUACAAGCUCAGCUGACCUGGAAAAAUCUCUGCCUCCACUUCCCAGAACACCUCAUGUGCUAUCAACAACUAUGGCUUUCAGUGCUAUUCAGCCUGUUGUUUCAAGCCCUGUGACACCUAGUAAGCCUGAAAUAGCAGAUGCUGGACCAGCAGCAACAAGUGAAUCCAUGCUGGAAUCUUUCACACCUAAAACUUCUCAUCCUUUUCAAUGGCCAAGGGUAACAUUAGCUCCAAAAGAAAUACCACUUAUUCCCUCUAAACUGAAACCGUCUACUACCUCAGAAGUACAGCAUGGAAAACCUGCCCCUAAACCGCCAAUUUUGGAACCUAAAACUUCUCAGGCUAUUGAACAACCUAGAGCAACACUAGCUCCUAAAGAAGCAAAACUCACACCUUCUACAUCUAAACCUAGACCAUCUGCCAGAACCAAAAAGCCACAAACUAAACCUGCAGCAGCUAUUCCAGUGUCUGUCACCACUAUGACUCCCUCCACAUUUGAAAGUCCAAAGACUGCAAAGGUCUCAGAACCCAUUACAUUUAGAAUUGAACCACCAAGGUCAAUGAUAGCUCCAAAGGAGACUCAACGUUUCCCUUCUAAACCUAAAACUUCACUCAAACCUCAUGUCCCACAAGCCAAAGAUGUUCCAAAAGAAACUCAACGUUUUCCCUCCAAACCUAGAACAUCUCCAAGCUCAGAGGUGCCACAAACCAAACCUGUUCUGGAACCAAUUACAUCUAGAACUGAAAAACCAAAAUCAACACAAGCUCCUAAAGAUACACGCCCUAGGCCUUCCAAACCAAAAACAUCACCCAGUCCACAUGUUCCUCCAACUAGAGCAAGUCCAAAAGAAAGUCGGCGAGUCUCUUCCAAGCCUAGAGCAUCGCCAAGUCCAGAUGUACCACACACAAAACCUGUUUUAGCACCUACAACAUCUACAGUUGAACAACCAAAGAAAGCAACAGCUCCUAAAGAACCUCAACAUACUCCCUUUAAAUCUAAAGCAACUCCCAUCCCAGAUGCUCCACAUAUCAAGCCUGAAAUCAUUCCAACCUCCCAUGAACCAGAUACUACUAUGAUUCCUCAUAUUCCUGAAAGAACAAAGGCAACAUCGGCUCCAGCUGAAAAACAGUUCAUUCAUACAAAACCAAAAACAUCUGAAAAACCAAGAGUACCACACACCAAACCUGCAAUACAUCAGACAACACCACCACCAGUUAUCACAAAAUCUACUACUAUUGAGUACUCAAGGGCAACAAUGGCUCCAAAAGAAACACUGCUCAUUCCUUCCAAACCCAAAACAUCUGUCAGGCCAGAAGUACCACCAACUAAGCCUGCUCCAAGAUCAACACACCUGGGAUCAAUCAACCUUAUAACAGUUCAUGUUGUUGAGGGGUCCAAAAUGAGUUUGGCUCCCAAUGAAACGUACCAGAUUCCACCCAAGUCCAAAACUGCCCUAGCAACUGAAAUUCCACGAUUCUAUACAGCACCUCAUAAACCACGUCUCACUUCUGCAAGACCAAAGCCAUCUGAUAAACCACAGACCAGACCUGCUUUUAGUAAAACCACACUAGCACCAGCUAGAACAAAAGCAUCUGGACUGCCAAAGUGGAUUGUACCAACAACAGAUGAUGUAUAUACACCUGAGGAUAUUGUGAGGCAAAUUGGCAUGGCUGUGGAAAAACCUGUGGAAUAUAGUGAUACCUGGGGAAAGCCAGCUUCUGUAACUGCAUUGCCUGGCCCUCAGCGUCCUCCUAUGCCUCCUGUCAAGCCUACACCAAUGCGAAGAAAACCUCUGCCUCCAAACACCGUGACUGGUAAACCAGGCAGUCCAGCUAAACCUGCUGGACCAACAACACCUGUGAGGACAGGAAUAUCACUUAAGACACCAACAGCUUUUGUAACUCCAGACUCUUAUGUGGAUGCAACUGUCUUCAGCUCAAGUCCUACAUCAGAAACAGAUUCUUCAGGCAAACCAAGGUAUCAAGCUCCCCAUGUCAAGUACAUGAAGAAAGAUAACGACGUGCCUUGCUCUAUCACAAGCUCUCUUGAACAUUUUCCACAAGAAGAAGCUGGCAGCAAGGAAGAACCUACUCGUCCUCCACAAAAUCCUCCAACCAACCUCACUGUGGUGACUGUUGAGGGCUGUCCAACUUUUGUCAUAUUGGACUGGGAAAAACCAGACAAUGACACUGUCACUGAAUAUGAGGUUGUGUCAACUGAAAAUGGAGCAAGUGAUGGUGAAAAGGAGAAAUCGAUUAUCACUACAAAUCAAACCCAUUCUACUGUGGAAAACCUAAAACCUGACACAAGUUAUGAAUUCCAUGUGAAACCUAGAAACCCUCUCGGUGAAGGUCCAAGCAGCAGUGUUGUGGCUUUCAGUACUGAAUCAGCGGACCCAAGAGUGAGCGAACCAAUUUCAAUGGGAAAGGAUGCUAUCUGGACUGAAAUCCCAUUCAAUUCAGACACCUAUUCAGAAUGCAAAGGGAAACAAUAUGUAAAGAGGACUUGGUAUAAGAAGUUCGUAGGUGUGCAGCUUUGUAAUUCUUUGAGAUACAAGAUAUACCUCAGUGAUUCACUUACAGGAAAAUUUUAUAACAUAGGAGACCAGAGAGGCCAUGGAGAAGAUCACUGCCAAUUUGUGGACUCAUUUUUAGAUGGAAGGACAGGACAGCAAGAAGACCUACCAGUCAAAGACGGAUUUUUCAGAGCAGUUCGUCAGGAACCUGUCAAAUUCGGAAAAAUAGGUGGGGAGACUCAAAUCAACUACGUUCGCUGGUAUGAGUGUGGAACAUCAAUACCUGGGAAAUGGUAGAUGCCACAUCAUCUUAGUGAGAAGGCCCAGCACUUACUGCCCCCACCGACUGCCCAAGGCAGGCUGAGAGAUGGAAAUGUUUAUGGUACACCUGGCACUUACAUAAGGUUGCCAGUGUGCAAGGGUUUAUCCAAGUCUAAUGCCAAUACUGCAUUAAUUGUGUAAUAGCGUAGGCUGCUUACUGUAGUUAUCCAGUUUUACAAAUUCUAGAUUAAAAAUAAAAAAUCCCAAAGAGGCUAGGGACAUGUUGUAGGAUAAUGUAUAGGGAAGCUGGCUCCCUAUUCUUGAGGUAUGGUUUAUAUGGUAUUUUAAAAGAUAGGGUGUGUAUAUUAUUUAUCACAAUGUUGUAAUAAAUGUUUAAGGCACAGUUAUGGCAGAGUUGCCAUUCCAGAGUUGUGGAAUGAAAUGUGUGUUAGUUUUUAAAUAUUCACUGGUCUUCUUGUAACAUGCCAUAAGCUACCUGUCCAGAUAGGUCUGUAGUGUCUCCCCACUCAUAAAUUAUAGAAAAAAAAACCCUAGGAUUUUGAAUAUGCUGCCACCAGUAAACUUGAAGCGCUUUCUCCUUACAUGUACAAACAGUUUAUACUCCUGCCAAAAACGCUGAUGUCAGUUGCAAUACGUGCAGCUUUAAAUGAUCAGGUCAGUGGGUUGGUUUUUUUUAACGUUUGUUUUCAAAUGCUUCGGCUCCAUCAAAGCUGCAUGUUCAGCCUGUUGCUGCAGAGUUAGAGCCACUGCCCCAGAGCUGUGCAGGGGUUGGCUGGCAGGCUUGGUUUCCCUCAGUUAAAGCAAAUAGGUAUGUAUGUACAUGGAAUGAAAAAAAAAAGCCAAAAAAACCCCAAAAAACUGGCCUCCAUGGCUGUGGGUUUUCAUGAAAAUGUAGUUUUUUAGAGAAGGAGAUUUACUGGCUCAAAAGCCAAAUGUACAUACAGUGCAGGAGGACUUGAAAAGAUAAAUGAAAUAGGAAAGAAUAAGCUAGUUAUAACAGCAUAACCAGGCUUAUUUUUAAAAGGAAAAGGUGUUUUGAAACAUUGUUCAUUGGGGACAAAGGGGAAAUAGUGAUAACUGAACUUUAAAACUGCUUUAUAGUAAUAUUCAUAAAAAUCUCCCUCAAAACUACUUCUUGUACUGCUUGAACAUCUAUGAACUAAAUAAAGAGAUGUAGUUUUUUUUAAAGGUGUUAUUCAUUACAUUACUAUUAUAUUGAAAAAAAAAUAUGAACAGGAACACCCAUAUAUAUAUAUAGUAGAAAUAGAAAAUGCCUUAUAAAGUACAUUGCAGGUACACUGUACUCCUAAUAAAAUAUUUUUUAAUCAA